AUGAGGAGCCUGGAUCCAACCAUCGCAGCCUGGAAGACAGAAGCCACACCAACCAAUGGAAGUUAUGAGUAUCGUCCUCCAAUAUGUUACAUGAGUAAUCUAAUCCCAGAAGUGUUCAUCUUCAUCAUUUCUUUGAUUGGAUUGGCAGGAAAUGCAUCUGUGAUCUGGUUCUUGGGUUUCCGCAUGCACAGAAAUGCCUUUUACACCUACAUCCUAAACCUGGCUGCUGCUGACUUCCUCCUUCUCUGCCUCUAUAUUACUGUUUGCCUGAUAAGAAUCUUUAAAUUCACCCUUUACAUUCACAUCUUUGACUAUGGCAUCAGACAAACUGGAGCAAGCAUUUUCUACAUUGCAGGCCUGAGCAUGCUCAGCGCUAUUAGCACUGAGUGCUGCCUGUCAGUCCUCUGGCCCAUUUGGUACCACUGCCAUUGCCCAAGACACACAUCAGCUAUCAUGUGUGCCCUGUUGUGGGUCCUGUCUGUGCUUCUGAGCAUCCUGCAAUGGGUCUCUUGUCAUCAUCUCUACAAACUUGAUGUUGAUUUGUGUGGAAAUGUUGCUAUUACUAUAACUGCUUGGGUGCUUUUUUUAUUUGUGGUUCUGUUAGGGUCCAGCCUGGUCCUCCUGGGUAGGAUGCUCUGUGGAUCCAAACGAAAUCCUCUGACCAGGCUGUAUGUUACCAUCCUGCUCACAGUGUUGGUCUUUCUCUUAUGUGCUGUGCCCUUUGGUGUCAGUUUGUUCCUGUCUUACUGGCUUUAUAUUGGUUUUGAUUCAGAAUACUGCCUUUCUCUGGUUUCACUUGUCUUAUCCUCUGUUAACAGCUCUGCCAACCCCAUCAUUUACUUCUUCGUUGGCUCCUUUAGGCAGAGGUUGCGCGGGCCGAACCUCAAGCUAGUGCUUGAGCGGGCUCUGCAGGACACUCCUGAGGAAGAUGAAGGUGGAGGUAGCCUUUCUCAGGGAACCCUGGAGAUGUCAGGCAGCAGAGUGGAGCAGGGGUGA